GGGUGGGGCAGGGCUGGGGGGGUGUAAGGACUGCUCUUUGAUCCCCUCGUCCGCACCCCCUGAGGAGGAAAGCAAUGGGGCUUUUGCAAAAUUUUGGAACUCCUCACUGACAAAUGAUACUGCUCAGCCACAGGAGGGCAGGUGGUGAUGGCGUGUCUCCAGCCUUGCUCCCUCUCAUCACCAUAACAACCGUAUCCCACGGGGACAGAAGGAAGGAACGUUUGGGGGUGCCAGAGCUUAGGGAAGGUGCCGGGGAGGGGUCUCACCUGUUGCUUCUUUCCUCUCAUUGGGGGUCUUCUGGUGUCUCAGGACACCCACUUACCCAGGAGGACAUCACCUGGUGGUUGUAAGCCACAGAGGGACCACAAAUGUGGGGUGUGGUUUUUAAAAAUUGAGCAUUUAAAAACCAGGGUAAUAUACAUACAAAUCUGGGUUUCUAGCUUCUUGUGAAAAAUCGAGCACCCUAGUGACCCCUAGGUCUUCAUUUACAUGGUGCAAAGCAGAGUGGCGGGUGCCUGUUAGGACUGGACAUGUGCUCGCCACCUGCCCUCUCUCUACUCACUGAGGUCAUGCAUCUGCAUUCUCUUAGAUAUUUGGUUGCCGUUGGGGGAGAUGACCCUCCGUGGCCGUGAGAGGUGGCUGGGAGCUGGGAACUGCCCCCGGAGGGAGUGAGCGCCCCAUUGCUGGAAGCAGGCAACUAGAGGGUUGAUGGCCCCGUGGCAAAGGCCUAGGGGAACUUGAAGUGUUAGCUGACUUGGACUCCGGGGUCUUUGGGGAUCCACCAGCUCUGAGAACUGGCUGUUCUGAGACCUGCGAUGACAAACCCCAGUAGCCUCGUGCACCCUCUGCUCUAUUCCCUUCCCUCUCACCCAUCGUAUUUUUCUUUUUCUUUUUAUUGCAAUGUGCAUGCAGACAAGUGCCCGGCUUCACAAAGUAAACACAAGCGUGUAUAACCUGAUCAGGAAACAAAGCAUGACUCGCCCCCCAGAAGAUUCUCUCCCGCCCCACCCUCCCCAGGACACUUUCCUGACCACUAACCCCAAGAUUGGUUUGUGUCCUUUUGGACUUCAUAUAAAUGGAAUGAGUAUUGCCCUUUCAAGCCCAGCUUCCUAUACUCAGCUUGUACUCUGAGACCCUUCUGUGCUGUCAUGGCAGCUGUCAUGUACUCAGGGUCUGUACUUGGCGUUUGGAGAUGAGCUUUUGCUGCCUGCUCCAUCAGCACUGCCCUAAGGCUCUUCUACCCAGCUAUGCCAGCCAUGGUCUCUUUGCCUCCCCUCAACCGCCCCAGGAGGCAAGUGGUUCAGCUCUCAUUUCACAGAUAAGGAGACCGAGGCUCUGAGAGGACCACAGUGUGCCAAGGUCUCCCAGCCAGUCAGUGCAGAGUCCACACGCUUAGGUUCAGAGUUAUGCUUCCGCAUCUUAGAUGCUCUGGGGUCCCUGCCCAUGUGGGUGUCCCCACACAUCUGUGUGUCCCUGACCGUGCCAAGAAUUAUAAAGGAUGAGACAACAGAAAGAACUCGAGGGACAGCCCCAUCCCAACCCCCGCCUGUCUGCAGACAGACCAUGAACAGGGAGCUCUUAUCUGUGCUGACUGCUUUGUGUUUGCCCAGGGACAAAAGUCCUGGUCCCUGUUGAGACAUGCUCCCUGUGAGGACUGGGCAAACAGUGGUCGGUGGUGGAGGCCAAGUUCUAGUUCAUCACUUCCUGCCUCGUUACCUUGGGACUAUUUCUGAAUUCCCCUGAGCAUCAGUUUCCUCCUCUGUGCAGGUAAUGUUUAACCACAUCUUCCACACGGGGCUUGCUGGGAGGAGCAAACAGAGAGGUGCAUAAAAGGAGUGAAUUUACGGCUGCUUCCUCCAUGCCAGGUGCUGUACUGUGACUCCAGAACCAAAAGAUCUGGGUUCAAUUCCCAGGCCCACCUCUUACUAGCUGUGCAUCCUUAGGCAGGUUCCUGGACCUCUCUGGGCCUCAGUUUCCCCAUGUCUACAAAGGGAAUGAUAAUAAUUGCACCUUCCAUGUUCCUCAGUUGGGGAAGGGUGGAACCUAUGGGCAGAAGGGCCCAGGGCAUGGUCUCUAAAGACUCAAGGAAUUGGGGGCAAUCAUGGUGACUUCUGGUGACCUCAGUAAGAAGGCAAACUGGGAGCCGUGACUGUCACUAAGACAGCCAAACUCUAAUCAGCAUCUUGGGGCCGAGACGUCUUGAAUCUGUGCAUCAGGGCAAUGAGCAGUAAUCAGGGUAACGCCCCAAUUACCAGCUCUCUGGAGAUCAGCUCCCCCCUCCCCUCUUGGGGUGGCCAAGAUCGGUGUGGUGCCUGCCUUGGGGUAUAUAAGGAGACUCUGAGCCAGAAUUGGUCAGUGUUUAUCCAGCAGUAAGAGGCAGAAAAUGCCAGCUCUGGGAGCUGUAUCCCUGCCUCCAUCAGGGAUGGCUGGCCAGGCCGCACUGCACACAGCCAGGGGGAGUGCGUGCAUUUAUUCUUCCAUUCAGCAAAUAUCUAUGGACCCCCUCCCCCGCUACUGUGUGCCAGGCACUGUGCUAGGCUGUAGGGCUAUAGCAGUGAACAGGGUGGGCACAGCCUGUAGGAGCUGGUGUUCUCUGGGGGAUUUGGACUGUGCACAGGACACAUGCGUGUGUGAUAGGCAGUGAGGAAUAAGUGCCAGGAAUAGAAAUAAAGCAGAAGGGCUUGCAGAGUGAUGGAGGCUGUGGCCGCUGGUCCUGAGCCGUGGCGUCUGCACUCAGGUCCUCAGGCGCAGCCUCCUCCCUGGGGGCACUGGUACCUUCUGAGGAUGGGCGUGGCUUCCAGGAUCCUAGAUGGAGUCACCUGGCUGCCCCUCCCGUGGACAUUUGGACUUAAUGUGUCCGCAGCCAACGUGAGCGUCCACAUUGCCAUAAGGUGGCUGUUAGCACAGGAUGCCAGCCUGUCCCGGAGAUGGUGCACCCCCUUGGGGCUCUGGCCCAGCCGAAUCCCACGAAGGAGGUUCACGGUCUCCAGCCCCCUCCCUCCCCUCUCAGACAAGGCUGUGUCUCUCACUCUGCAAGCUCCCGUGGGCUUCAGCCACAGCUGAUGACCUGCAAACCGGUCUCUAGCGUGAGCCUUCCUUCUGAGCUCCAGGCCGCUAGGACAUACUGCCUCCUGGAUGCCUCUUGGGGCCCAUCGCCUACUUGGACUCACCAGGUCCACAGUAUGGUGAAGUGCAUGGUCUUCCACAGCAAGACCGUGCCUCUUCCCGGCACCUGCCACUGUCCAUCCGCCCGUGCUCCAGCCCAAGGCCACCUCCCUGCUCCCAGCUCCUAGCCACCAGUCAUCACCAAGUUCUGCCACGUCUACCUCCCAAACAGAGCUAGAGCCUGGCUUCUCUUCUGCAGCUCGAGCGGCACCGCCUCUUCUGUCAGCUACUCCUGCACUCGUUCUCCACACGCAGGUCGGAGUGGGCUUUCUGGAAAGCAGCUCCUCUCCUGCCCAAUAGCCUUCAGUGGCUCCCUACUGCCCUGAGGAAGGAGUCUGAAUCGCUUACCACCCCUGUUAGACAGUGUUGUCUUCCGGCCCUUCUGACUGCACUGCUCUCAUCCCCUGUGACCCCUACCCCUCACUGCAGCCAAGGGCCUGUCUUGUAGGAUGGGAAAUGGGCCCAUCCUCCAGUAGCUUCUCUCCUCGCUCAAAUAUUUGUUAAGGGAAAGAAGGAAAAAAGGCACGACUGAAUGAAUGAAUGGCCUUUUUCACAUCUGUAGUAGCUGGCACACAGUAGGUGCUGAGAAAACACCUGCAGCAAGAAUACAUGGGGCCCAAGCGAGGGGGUGAGGACCCGAAGCACACAGUAGGCGCGGGGGGAGCCUGGUGGGCUCUUUGGCUGAGGUGUCUGGUUCUUGCUGCUGCCAGCAGCAGAAGCAGCCUGCUGCCGCCCCUCCCCUCCACUCUCUGGGCUGGGGGUGGGGCAGGCAGGCAGAGCCCAGGCCAUUUUGGGGCCCUGACCAGACUUCCUCACCAUCCUGGGUGGGGCUGGUGACGUGGCUUUCGCUUCUGGGAACCCUAGCUGGACAGCAGUUCUGGGAAGGCUGCUGACCCGGGGAGAAGUGUAUCCCUACCCCCCCUGCCAGACCAGCUCAGCAGACACUUCAGGCCAGCGUAAGAUUGUGGAGUUUCAGGGGUCAGCGGCUCCGGAGGGAGGUCACCCGCAGCGCCUGCUGUCCCAGGCUUCCUAUCCACAUGCCUCUUGUCACAGGACCGGCUGCAUCCUGUCUGCUGAUCCAGCCUCCCACCCCUUCCACGUCGGUUUGCAGCCAAGAGAGGGGAGAGGACCCGGAGGCCUGCACACCCUACUGGCUUUAGGAAGAGCCCCGCUGGGUCGCUUCUGUGCUGCUGCUGGCUUCUGACAUUUCAAGACUCGCCACUCAUCUCCCCCCAAAUAAAAAGAGCGCUGUAGGAUCUCCCAAUGGGGUGGCUUCGCUCUGGGCUCACGUUUUCGGUGGGCUGUCUGAUCCUGGUGUGGGCGGCAGGCUGUGGCUCCAGCUGCUCAGAGGUCUCCUGUGUCUCCCCAGGGAGUGUGAGGGUCCUGCAGGGGCCCACCUGCUUCUCCGACUACGUCAACAUCUCCACCUGUGAGUGGGAGAUGGCCUGGCCCACCAACUGCAGAGCUGAGCUCCGCCUGUUCUACCAGCUGAAAUUCUUCUACUUUGAAAACCACACGUGUGUCCCCGAGAACAGAGCUGGCGCGGUGUGCGUGUGCCAUAUGCAUAUGGAUAACGUGGUCAGUGUGGACACCUACCAGCUGGACCUGUGGGCUGGGGAGCAGCUGCUGUGGAAGAGCUCCUUCAAGCCCAGUGAGCAUGUGAAACCCCUGGCGCCCAGAAACCUCACUGUUCACGCCAACAUCUCCCGCACGUGGCUGCUGACGUGGAACAACCCGUACCCUCCUGAGAAUCACCUAUACUCCGAGCUCACCUACCUGGUCAACAUCUCAAAUGAGAACGACCCCACGGAUUUCAGAAUUUAUAACGUGACCUACAAGGGGCCCACCCUCCGCUUUGCAGCCAGCACCCUAAAGUCUGGAGCUUCCUACAGCGCACAGGUGAAGGCCUGGGCUCAGAGCUACAACAGCACCUGGAGUGAGUGGAGCCCCAGCGCCAAGUGGCUUAACUACUAUGAGGCGACCUUGGAGCAGCGCCUCCCACUGGGCGUCAGCAUCUCCUGCGUCGUCAUCCUGGCUGUCUGCCUGUCCUGCUAUGUCAGCAUCAUCAAGAUUAAGAAAGAAUGGUGGGACCAAAUUCCCAACCCAGCCCACAGCCCCCUCGUGGCUGUUGUCAUUCAGGAUUCUCAGGUGUCACUGUGGGGGAAGCGGUCCCAAGGCCAGGAACCAGCCAAGUGCCCACACUGGAAGACUUGUCUUGCCAAGCUUCUGCCCUGUUUACUGGAGCAUGGCAUGGAAAGGGAUGAAGAUUCCGCCAAGGCUGCUAGAAACGAGCCUUUCCAGUGUCCUGGAAAAGUAGCAUGGCACCCCAUGGAGGUCAACAAGACAAUCCUCUGGCCAGAGAGCAUCAGCUUUGUUCGGUGCGUGGAGCUGUUUGAGGCCCAAGUGGAGAAUGAAGAAGAGGAAGUGGAGGAAGAUAAAGGGAGCUUCUGCCCAUCACCUGACAGCAGUGGGGGCAGCUUCCAGGAGGGCAGGGAGGGCAUCGCAGCCCGGCUGGCAGAGAGCCUGUUCCUGGACCUUCUCGGGGGCGAGGAUAGGGGCUUUAGCCCACAGGGCUUGGAGGAGUCCUGCCUUCUUCCACCUUUAGAAAAUCCAAGUGUUCAGAGGCCCUGGGCCACGUCCCCAGGUGUGGGGCCCCAGGAGGCAUCGUCUGAGGACAAGGAGCCUUUGAACCCAGAGUCAAGUCCUCCAACCCAGAGCCCAGCCAGGCUGGCUUUCCCAGAUAUGCCCGGCGUCAUCGCAGACAACCCCACUUACCGCAGCUUCAGCACCUUCCUGAGCCAGUCCUCAGGCCCUGGAGAGCUUGACUCAGACCCACAGCUGGCCGAACACCUGGGGGAAGUGGACCCCAGCAUCCCCGCCGCCCCCCAGCAAUCUGCACCGCCCACCGCACUCCAGCCUGAGCCAGAAACGUGGGAGCAGAUCCUGCGCCAGAGCGUCCUCCAGUGCAGGGCAGCCCCGGGCCCCGCCUCGGCCCCCAGCAGUGGCUACCGGGAGUUUGUGCAGGCCGUGAAGCAGGGCGGCGCCCGGGACAGCGGGCUGGAGGGCUUUGGCCCUUGCGGAGAGGCUGGCUACAAGGCCUUCUCCAGCGUGCUCGCUGGCACCGCUAGCUGCCCGGGGACAUCUGGGCCUGAGCCCAGCAGUGGGGAGGGGGGCUACAAGCCCUUCCAGAGCCUCACUCCUGGCUGCCCCAGAGCCCCUGCCCCAGUCCCCGUCCCCCUGUUCACCUUUGGACUGGACGUGGAGCCCCCUCACAGCCCUCAGGACUCACUCCUCCCAGGCAGCACCCCAGAGUGCCCUGGUUUGGAGCCAGUGGUCAAGGGACAAGACAGCCAGAAGCCCCUGCUAUCCCCGGAGCCAACCACAGACCCCCUCGGGGAUGACCUGGCCAAUGGCAUUGUCUACUCAGCCCUCACCUGCCACCUGUGUGGCCACCUGAAGCAAUGCCACGGCCAGGAGGAACGUGGCAAGGCCCACAUCGAGGCCAGCCCCUGCUGUGGCUGCUGCCGUGGGGACGGGUCCUCACCCCCGGUGAGCCCCCUGAGGGCCCUGGACACCCAGCUCGGUGGGGCAUUGGAGGCCAGCCUCUCUCCGGCCUCCCUAGCACCCUUGGGUGUCUCAGAGGAGGGUAAGUCCCCCCUGUUCUUCCAAACUGCCCCCAACAAUGCUCAGAGCUCAAGCCAGACCUCCACGGUGGUGGCCAUGCUCUCCCCAGGGCCCACGUGCACGGACGCUUCCUAGGUGCGUGCCCACUUCUUGCUGGAGUCUACAAGCGAAGACUGGGCCUUACCCGUGACUGCGGAAUGCCUCCCUCCAGAAGGCAGCCCAGCUGGCAGGGUUCCGAAAGACUCAGGGAACCCUGCUAUGAAGUGGUGAAGUUGUCCAACACUGGGGCUACGGAGACCAGCCGCCCCAGGCUCCCACCAUUGGCCCGGGCUCGCCACGUCCCAUGGGAGUGGAGGCACCUGCAGGGAUCAGGAGGUUCCCGGGCGCCUUGGCUUGUGAAUGAGCUGUUGGUCAUUUCACGGGUCCACAGCUGCCCCAGUGGACUAUCGCUGUCACGCUCAAGGCGUGUUUUGUCCACCGAGCUGCUUUGUUACUCGUGUCUUGCCCAGGCCUGGGGUUAGCUGCCACCAUCUCACUGGAUCGGAUGCUGAGCCUAGAAGCUAACCAAGCCAAUGGGAGAAUGACUUGGGAGGCCUUGGGAAACUGAGGUCCAGAAAGAGUGGUCAUUUGCCCAGAGACGCCCGUUCAUUUAACAGAGGUUGACACUGGCAGCAGCGCCUGAGCUGCGGAGGGGCGCUUAGUCAGGUGGAGUUAACGAGGACACGAAGAAUUGUGAUUACCGAGCAGUGACGGCUUGCUGCCGGCUUCCCACACAGCUGUAAGGUCGGGGGUUCCUGUUAAUCACUGGAUCCCCAGAACAAGCAUGCCUGGUGACCUUGGGGCCGGCGUGUGCCCCCAUGCAUGCCGUUGCUGGCAUCGGUGGUUCAGAGGGAGUGGCUCAGGUCUCCUGAUCCAGCGAGCUGGGCGUCCGAGAUGCCGACACCAGGCACAUCACCUGCACCUCGGCCCCGACCUCAGGUUGAGUAAUGUGCAUUGUUUGUGUACAUCUCAAAAAUUGUUUCAUCACCUGGUGUUUGUGUUUGCUGAGGAGGGUAGAAUGGGGGGGGGUGGAGUUUUGUAUAAAUAAAGGUUCUUUACCUCCUUCCCCACCCUUCCCACCCCAUUUAUUAAACAAACAUACUGCCAGGCACCGUUGCGAGUGCUUUACCUCUAUUAACUCGUAGAAUCCUCCCAUCCAGAGGUACUGAGACCAACCCAAGAGGUUAAGUAACUUCCUGUCUUCUUGGGUUUCCCCGAGACCAGGAUUCAACUACAGUUUGUUGAAAUAGGUGGCGAUCCCAGGAAGCCCUGCUUGGAGAGUGGGGAAAGGAGGCAGGGAAGGGCAGGAGGCAAUAAAAGGUGUUAUCGCACAGAGUGCCAGCGCGGGCAACAGGUGCUUCACGCCGCGGGGGAGCUUGGGCAGGCCAGGCGCAGUGCAUGCCUGGAGGUGGGGAGCUAGCUGUUUGUCCACCAACUCCCAUCUGUCAUUGGUGGAGGGCUGCUGCCAGGGGCAACUCCCCAGCACUUCCAGCUGCUCCAGGAAAAAUUCCUCAGAUUGAGAGCUGGGGGGGUGGGGGAGGAGCGGUGUUUGAGCAGCUUUGGGCACGUGGAGAUGUGGACAGGGCUGUGAUUGGCAGCUGCUCCUUUGCCAAGGUCACACAGCUAGUGGCAGACCCAUAGCUGAGCCAUCGCUCAGCCUCUUUGUAGGUGAUCCGUGCUUUAACAUCUGGGCGGUCGGUGUAUGGAGUGGGCCUCAGACAGGCAGGCAGGGGAUCUUAAGCUCCUUUGUCUGCGAUCACUCUGUGAGUAGCCGCCCUGACUGCCACGCUUGCAAAAUGAAGGGCUCGGCUGUUUGAGGUUCCUUCCUGCUCUGGCAUUCUACGUAAUACAUUACGGAGGUGAUGGGGACCUCACUACCUUACAUGCAGCCUAAUGUUUGUGAGAACUGCCUCCUUUGUGCUGAGCCCAAAUCUAUCCCUUUAGCUGCCUGAGUCACCACCCCACACCCACGGUUUGCAGAUGAGGGAAACUGCUCUAGAGAGGAAAAGGGACUUGCCAACGUCACACAGUGAGUGGCAGAACCUGAACUAGCCCUCUGGACCUUUUGUCUUCAAGAGUUCUUUGUAAUAAAAUAUAAUAAUUUAAAAUAAAAAUAACUAGUUAGGACCAAGCAAUUUGCUUGGUGUCGUACACUGACUGUGUCACAGCUCUAGCGAGCAGGUUAUUAUCCCAACUUUACAGAUAAGGGAGCAGGCCCAGAGAGGUUGAGGUUUAGCUUAGGGCCACACAACUGGGAAGUCCGGGAGCCAGAAUUUGAAUCCAGGUCUGAUUGCAGAGUUCCCAGCCACCAUGGUGUGCCAUCUCAUGUACAGCAUGGCACCGACUCGAUUGUCAGCUCUGAUUAGCCUGCGGGUCAUCUCAGAAAAUCAAAUUUUAAAACUAAGCAGCCAGUGGAUAGGACUCGGUGCUUUCACUGCCGUGGCCCUGGUUCAAUACCUGGUCGGGGAACUAAGAUCCCGCAAGCCUCGCGGGGUGGCCAAAAAUAAAAUAAAAACUAAAAAAACUAAGCAGCCAACAGAGAAAAUAUAUUUGGGUGAGUGCUGGAGAGCUGGUUGGAUUGCAAGUCCAACAGAAUUGAGACUGACUUAUUCUAUCCCCAGGAUCUUAGGAGGAAGACACCCAACUUGUCAGCUGAGGCUCAUAUUACAGAAUCCGCUGGGCUUUGGGAAAAUAGAAUGGAGAACUAGGCAGAGACACCUCCCAUCUCUUAUUCGGAUUUCAACCCACCCUCCCAGGUUCAGGGAAGCUGGAGAGAGGUCACCGUUCUGGCUUCCCCAACCCCCUUCUCCAUCUUAACACAGGGAAGGAGGAAGCAGAGAGAGCGGGAAACACAUCCCACUGAUGUUUACUGAGAACUUACUAUGGGCCAGCCACUGUGCUGGAUGUGAGGAAACUGAGUGACACAAAGUCCCUUCCCUCUUGGACCCUACAGUUCAGUGGGGUAGACAGAAAUGUAAAAGACAAAAGGAAAAAAUAGGAGUCUGAGAUGGGGGGGUUAGUGGAGAGGUCUUUAAGGAGGUGACAUGUGAGCUGAGCCUUCAGUGACUAGAAGAACCAGGAUGGACUGGAGGAAGAGCAUUCCAGGCAGAGGAUAGAGCAAGUGCAAAGGCCCUGAGGCACAAGGAGUUUGGCGUGUUCCCAGUAAGAAAGAUCAGCUACAGCGCAGUGAGCCAGGGACAGUGGUGAGAGAUAAGGUCAGGCAGGAUGGGGGACUGGAGUGAGGAAUUUAUAUUUUGGCUUAAAUGCACAUUAGCCCCACCCACUGAGAAACAUGGUCCAAUAGACACCCAUCUCUCUUCAAUCUCUCCAGUCCCAAACGUAAUCCAUCUAUAAGCAGGAGCCCAGGAGAGGAAGUGGAGGCACUGGAGAUGUUCCUCCAAUAGGACUCCCUCUCACCUCGCAGAAGUGGAGAAUUAAGGUUCCUUCUGACAACAGUGAUGGGGGUGGUUAAAAUCCUCCUUGCUGCUCUUCUCACUCAGGAGUGAAGUGAAUCCCACCAGAAAUGUGUUGAUUAGCACAGGGGAGUGCCUGGCCGCCAGGGUCUUCCUCGAGAAUUUCUUUGAUAAAAGACUUUUAAAAAUCCCCUUAAAAUCUGAUCUUGACCUCCCAGGCAUGUCUCCAAGUUAGGCAGGGAACCCAAGGGUCUUCGGGGUGUGAAGUCCCAGCCCCCGUCUCUGCUCGCUCUGUCUCCUUCGUCCUGCCUGUGUCUUCAUUUUUUUCAUCUGUAAAAUAAGAAGGAUGAUGAAACCUGCAUUGGAGCGUUGUCCUGAAGAUAGUCUACAUUAUCAUCAACCGCUGGGUUUACUCCAACCUGGCGGGGGCACAGGUAACAAGAGUGAGAGGGUACAACCAGCUUAGAAAUCUAGAAUUCUCAGCCUCAGCCACUGCUCUGGGCUUCCUCCCGUGGACCAAAACCAAACAAACAACCAAAAUGUUGCCUGCCGUUUCAGUCAACGAGGAAUGGUGUCUGCAUUCUGGUAAACAAAACUAUUGCCCACCAUCAAGCCUUCAGCCACUGCAGCUGCCCCAGGACAGUGAGCCCCGAAGGGAAUCCGGGAGAAAAACAGGAUACACGCCCUAGACAGUUAAGAUGCCCAGACUCUCGCAUCUUCCCAAACACAGAAAAGCACUAAAAUCAUUAACUUGAGAUGUCUGCUUUUUCUUGUGAUUAGCAAUAAUCUUUCGACGUUCUACUACAUGUUUUGUUUUGUUUCAGCAAAAACUCCUAUAGAUCCAGGCUGCCCUCUUACCUCUUUGGAACAGUUCCUCAGAGCGGUCUGAGAGGCUGUAUCCCAGGCUAUAUAGUUCUCAGUAAUGUCCCUGAAUAAAACAUAAUUCUCAGCUUU